CACGUACGCGCGCGUUCCUGGCAUUACGAGAGACGACGUACGUUGCACGUGCGACGCAACGGCGCGUUCUGUAACGUUUGUCUAGUGAGCGGCAUGAGUCCGGCAUGGAAAGCGAGGUGGUCGCGCUUUACAGCCAGUUCUUCGGGAAGCGUUUCGAGCCGGUGGAUGCGACGGACGGGACUCCGCGUCAUUCUUGCUCUCGUGGGCGCGGAUUACGCGAGUCGGCCCGGGAACAUGCGGCAACAGUGAGAAAGGAUGAACCGAUCGCACCGUUCUUCGCGUCAAAAUGUAUCAAUGGAACGAACAUGACCGGAUUAUUGUUCAUUACAUUGAUUGUAACUCACACGGUCACAGGAUCGCGCCUACCCGCCGCCAAGGAGAGACGGGUGAGAAGACUGAUACGUGACUGGGCACCUUUGGUAUGGCUCGCGCCUGGAGAACGAUUCCUGCCCCUCGGCGUACCUGAAUUCCUGGAUAACGUGCAGUCGGACCAAUAUUACCUUCGCACUAGAAUAGACGUAGAAUCCUUACUGAGGAAUCAAUCGUCCUUCCUGUACGGCCGGAAACCCGCCGGAACCGUGCCCGUCUAUGCUCUCACGAAGAAGUGCGUUUCCACGGAGAAGACGCCGACGUCGAGUCGGACGCCGAAGAAUGACCAGAACGUUCUAACGCUGAUAAGCAAUAAUGAACUCUCGGUCGAGCGACGGCCUGACACCGGCGACCUGACAGCACAAAUAGUAGAAAAAAUACGACAGACGGCGACGGGGUCGGGUAUCGACAAGAGGCAAGGAGAGAACAGAUUUCGUCGGAAGAUGCACUUUCACGUAACCUAUUGGAUGUUCUAUCCGUUCAGCGAGGGAAAGACGAUUUGCGUGCUGGAUCUCGGAUUUUUCGGCAGCUGGCCGAUACCCACCGUGGCCGGCGUAUGCAUAGGCACGCUCAAAGGAUACGGCAGUCAUAUCGGCGAUUGGGAGCACAUGAGUCUGUAUUUCAAGGACAAGGAGCACCCUCUGACGAUGUACGUGUCGGCGCACGACGCGGGCGCAUUUUACCGAUACGACCCGCAAAACGGCACUUUCGUCUACGAGAGUCAGGAGACCAGAAAGGGCCUCUUUCAGAAGCCGACGUUCCCCGAGAAGGUUUACACAGCCAGCGGCUCGCAUCCGAUUCUAUUUAGCGCGCGCGGCUCUCACGGGCUCUGGACAGCUCCGGGGAAGCAUAAAUUUGUCCGGGUGCCUCGUCUGUACGACGAGAGCGGAUUCGGAACUGCCUGGCCGACGUGGAAGAGAUUGGAGCUACUCCCGGAAGAAGAUAACGAGGCCUUACCCGGCUGGAUGACUUUUAAAGGCAAAUGGGGUAACCCGAGCAGCAACUGUCACCCGCUGGCGAAACUGGGGUUUAACAUUUGCGAAUUCGUAGACGGUCCAACCGGGAUACCUAUGAAAAGAUUCAACUUCCGCUGUUAAGAUCUGUCAUGACUAAGAAGUUGCUUUCGAAAGAAAACCUAACGAUAAAGACGUUCAUUAC